AUGGAAGCAAAGUCCAUGGGCCAUAAAAAGCUAUUGGCAGCAGAAUACAAACAAGUUUACACAAGAAACACUUUCCUGGCAAGAAAAGUACUGGUGGACACCAACCUGGCAGACAGAAACACUGAAGAUGUGGCUGUCAUGGGUCUCUCUGACAGGCGCGUGUGGGCGGCCAAGCCAGGAGGGCUCCUCGCAGCCAUCUCGCCUCAAGAAGUGGGCUUGAUCAGAGGCCAGGAUCAGAAAAUGUUCCUCCUAACAGGAAUCACCAUAGCUGGCAAAAAGUGCAGUGUGAUUCGUGACAACCUGCUGGUGGACGAUGACAAUGUGAUGGAUAUCAGAAGCAAAGGCAGUGAUAGCACAUCCAUCUGUAUCAGCAGAACCCCAAAACCCUGAUGGCCUAAACUAUCACACCUGACCUUCCUCAUGGGCGAGAAGGGGGUCCAUGGAGGAGCCCUCAGCCAAAGAGUCCAUGAUAUGGUUGUGGGCAUGAAAGCAUGAAGCAGUGCCAAAGAGACAGACAUCUGCAUGAGCACAGGGGCAUGGUCAUUGCUGUAGCAGAGAAGGGAAAUAAACCUGUUUUUGUUGUA